AUGCUCUCUUCAUCAUCAAAGAUCCUUUGCAAACGAACCUUCAUUUCAUGCGGUCUCAAGUCCAGCACUUGUUUGAUGACCUCAUCAUCAUCGUCGUCGUCCAAACUCGUCCGACAAACGAUGUUUUCCAACAGCAACAUUUCAAUAUAUCACAACAAUGCUAUCAACAACACACAAAUUAGAGAGAGGCAAAAACUUCUCUUCAUUGAACAUCCAAAUCAUCCAGACAGAGUCUUUUUAAUACCAACAAUUAAUAAUGGAAACCCUCUUUCAAUGAAUUUGCUCAUGACUGAUAUUCAGGAGUCUCUUGCUGAUCAUGAAGUUUUUUCAGGACAUCAAGAAAAGAAGGUAGUGGACCAAGAAAACUUGAACUAUCCAAAGGAUCAUCACAAAAGAAUUGUAGAUAUUAUUUCUCAAAAAUCAUUCAAAGAAGAAUCCAAAGACCCAUUGGAUGCACUUUUCAAAGGCAAUGAGGCUCUCUCUUCUCUUUGUCCAGUCACUAAAAACAAGCAAUUACUUCAUCAUGAGAAGAUUAUUCCAAGAAAGAUAAAGUCGAUAUCUGAACAGCCAGAAAAAACCUCAAAGCAGCAACAGAAUAAUAAGGCUUCUUUGAAGUCUUCAUCACCAUCUGCAGCAUCAAAUGCUUCAAACACUACCAACCCAAAUGCUCCCAACACAGACAGUGGAGACGAAAACAAAUAA